CAGACCCGCCGUUAACUUCUUCAAUCCUGUUUUUCAGAACUAUAGAUAACUGAGGAGAAUUUUGAAUUUACUUCAUUCGUGGUACUUACAUUUGAGCCCUUGCAUCUAGUAAUCUUUUAGAUAGACAGUGUUAGUGAACUUCAUUACUGCUUUGUCCUACUUUCUGCCCUCCUUCUGACGUGUUGGUGUCAAGCCUACAUUGAAAGAUCAUUCAGAACUAUGGCCUCCGAGGAUGUGAACGAACCCCUUUCAGAGCAGAACGAUUUUUUGGAAAGAAGAGACGAGAAUGAACACAAUAAAAAAAUAUAUAGAUAUGCCCCAAUCGUCCUCUCCAUAUUUGCCAUUAUUAUUAGCAUAAUCAGCAUUGUGUUGGCUUUAGUUAUCAACUCACAGACUGCAACACCAGAAACUAUUUCGACCAGGAUUGAAGUUGUUCGCAAUAUUUCCUGCACUGAGUGCCAUCUGUUUCCCAAACCUGAGCACCAGUAUUUCCUGCACCAGCUAACUCGAUACAGGAAUGAGACCACGGAGCAAUGUUGUGCGCAGAACUCUUCCCAACUUUCGGCAUUCUUAGCACUGAAAAUGUCAUCAUAUGAAGAAGAAGAACUUCCACCGGUGAUAAAUCCGGAUAGUUUUUCCAUGGGAGAUGUCUCCAUUCAUAAGAAGCUGAUUGCAUCUACAAGUGUUAAUGAUAAUUUGGAAUAUCCAAUUUUCGACCCUUUACAAAGUUACAAUUUAAAGUUUGCAACAGAUGAAGAUAAUCCACUGCUGGAACAUAACAGAAAUGUUGAGCUCUUGGCUUCUGGUACUAAGAUCACUCAGUCUGGUCUCUACCUGGUCUACGUCAGCGUUCACUUCAAGCCGGACUCUCCAGAACCUUGUAAGACAUUUGAUCAAAAGACAUUUAGUGUAAAUAUCACAAAACACCAAGAUAAAGCAAUCAUUCUUUCUGCUAUACAUACGUGCUGUGACGAUUGCAUAAGAAACCAGGAGACUGGAUUCACAGCUGGCGUUUUCCAGCUAAAAGAGAAUGAUUUUUUGACUGUGGAUGUUUCCGGUGAAGGACUGGUCAGCUAUAGACCGCAGUCAACUUUCUUUGGUUUGACUAUGCUGUCAAAGACACAACAACCGACAUGAAGCCGAUCUAAGACUGCUUUAUUGAUCCUUAUGGAAAUGUGAUAUCAUUGAAAAUAUUAUUCCACAAAAAAGAACUGAAAAAAUAAUAAUGUUGAUCGACAGACCUUCUGGAUCUUUUUUCACUUUCCUAUUCAACUAGCAGCCGGUAAUACUGUCUCAAAGAGUAAGGAACAAGCGAAGUUCUUGUAGCGUUUAGUUCUUGCCUGGAGAGGAGUCGCCCACUUUGGUUCUUGCCUGGAGAGGAGUCGCUCACUUUGGUUCUUGCCUGGAGAGGAGUCGCCCACUUUGGUUCUUGCCUGGAGAGGAGUCGCCCACUUUGGUUCUUGCCUAGAGAGGAGUCGCCCACUUUGGUUCUUGCCUGGAGAGGAGUCGCUCACUUUGGUUCUUGCCUGGAGAGGAGUCGCCCACUUUGGUUCUUUCCUGGAGAGGAGUCGCCCACUUUGGUUCUUUCCUGGAGAGGAGUCGCUCACUUUGGUUCUUGCCUAGAGAGGAGUCGCCCACUUUGGUUCUUGCCUAGAGAGGAGUCGCUCACUUCGCGACGACUUGACGUGGAUAAGAUGGAGCGAGAGGCAGUUUUCUUCUAAAAUGUUUCAAACAUUGCCGAGACUUCAAUGAAAAAGCUUAUUCAAAUAUGGUAAGCAUGUACAAGUGAUUUUUUUGGCGCUCUUAUUUAUUACACUAUCCUAGAGCCGCAAUAGUUUGGAUGACACCAAACCAGCUUUGAGCAGGAGGGGCUCUUUAACCCUUGUUGGCUACCCAAGUGGAAGAAACAAAGCUCCAAAUCCGAACAUCCGUUUCUUUACCCAAAUAUGGGAAAGACUUCAGGAGUAGUUGACUCUUAGGCAGCUUCACACAGUGCUACAACCUGGCACAACUCAUCUCAAAAUGUAUCGGUUAUUUGACGUACUCUUCGACCCUACAGAUACAUGUGCUCCAGGGUCUUGAGCUGAGCUAAUUCACAGACUUUCUUCUGACCAGACUAGAGGAUGAACCAUAGUCGCUCUACGAAUGAAGGCUACAAAAAAAAACAACUCUUUCCUGUGAAAGAAAGUUUGCCUGUGGCCCGCAGCUGAAACUUGCAGGUCAUCCCAUUCACAAACGUUUGAAUACAUUUUAAAAUGUCAAGUGCAAUAUUAUAAGUGCCACAUUAUAGUUGUAUUGUAUUUAAAUGAUUCUUCGCCAAAUAAUAGAUAAUACAUUUUUUAUAUUCUUGA